AUGUUACCAACUACAAUUUCAGAUAUUACCACACCAACAGCACCAGCUGCUUGUGCAUCAAAUGAAAUUACUACAACUCCAUCUCAAUUCUCAUCAUUUGAACAAGACAUUGAAUACUGGGAUGAAGAUAAAGUAUUCCAAUGGGCAUUAAAAAAUAGACAAGGUCAAUACUAUGCUGAUAUUUUAAGAAUUAAUCAUAUAGAUGGUCGUGCUUUAUUAAAUCUCACAGAAAAAGAUGUUAGUCUUAUGGGUAUCAGUAUUGGACCAGCUAAAAAUUUAUUGGCCGAUAUUCAUUCAAUUAAAUAUAAAAGAAAUAUUAAUUGGGCAUACGAAAAGGUAUCAGAUAUUAAUGAUUUUGUACAAUUAUAUUUCCCAUUCCACAAAUUAAAAGAAAUGGGUACUGAUGGAUUUUAUAGAGUUAAAGACUAUAGUGUUGCAAGCUAUUCAUAUUUAAGAGAUAAUUUAGGUACAAUCGGAACUUAUAUUCCAUUCAUAAAUAAAAACAAUAGUAUUCUUCCAGAUAGAAACCCAUUAUUAUUACAAGAUAGCAAAAAUUUAGGUGGUAUUACACAAUUCAAUGCUCAACAACCAACUCAACAACCAGUUCAACAACAAUUAUAUCCAACCCAAUCACAAGAACAACCAAUUCAACUUUAUUCAAGUUAUGAACAACAACCACAACAACCACAACAAGAACAACAAUUUGAAAGACAAGAAAUUAUUCAAUUACAACAACAAAUUUUAAACGAAUACCCAAACCAACAGCUUCCAAUUUUUGAUCAACAAAUUGUUGGACAACCAUCCGAAGAAGAAUCUAAAACUGAAACAUAUUAA